AUGCUGCGCCGCGUCCUCUCUGCUCCUCUCCGUUCGCUCAAUCGAUUCGCUAGCUCUGCAAGCUUCGAUUUCAACCCUGUACUCCUCCAUGACAUCGCUCCCGCUGAUGGUCCUCCAUCUUCUGGCACCGUAACCAGCGAGGAAGCCAUUAAGUACUACACCCAGAUGCAGACUAUCCGACGCAUGGAGCUCAAAGCCGAUCAGCUUUACAAACAGAAAGUGAUCCGUGGCUUUUGUCACCUUUACGACGGACAGGAGGCGUGCUGCGUCGGCAUGGAGAAUGCAAUUGAAGGCACCGACGACGUAAUUACGAGCUACAGAGCGCACGGCUGGACUUACGUCCGCGGCAUUCCAGUCAAGGAGGUCCUUGCGGAACUCUUCGGACGAGACUUGGGAUGUGCCCGCGGCCGAGGGGGAUCCAUGCACAUGUAUGCUGAUGGAUUCUACGGAGGCAACGGAAUCGUUGGUGCUCAAGUUCCUCUUGGCGCUGGACUCGCCUGGAACCAGAAGUACACCAACAAUGGUGGUAUUUCUAUUUCCAUCUAUGGCGAUGGAGCUGCCUCCCAGGGACAGAUCUUUGAAGCUUACAACCUCUCUAAGCUCUGGAAGCUCCCAGCCAUAUUCGUCUGCGAGAACAACCAGUACGGCAUGGGUACCUCCGUCGAUCGACACUCCGCUUCGACUGAGUUUUACAAGCGAGCUGGUUACAUUCCUGGUAUUCUUGUUGAUGGUAUGGAUGUUGUUGCUGUCCGAGAAGCUACCAAGUGGGCCAAGAAGUUCGUCCUUGAAAAUGGUCCCCUUCUUAUUGAGUUGAAGACUUACAGAUACCACGGUCACUCUAUGUCCGACCCUGGAACUUCUUACCGAACUCGAGACGAGGUCCAGAGCAUGAAGAAGACCCUUGACCCCAUUACUGGCUUCCGAAAGCGAUGCAUCGACGCUGGUUUGUUGACUGCCGACCAGGUCAAGUCCAUCGACAAGGAGGUCAAGAAACUUAUCGAGGCCGAGACUGGAGAGGCUCUCAGCUCCCCAGAACCAUCCAUGGAUGGCAUCGCACACAACAUCGUCAAGGGCGGUUUUUCGAAAAAGAAAUCUAUCUUUAGUUUAAAUGGGGUUAUUGCUUCCUUGAGCUUUUCUUCUCAUCUCGAGCGGAAAAAGCGACAUUCGCCAAACCGUUACAGACCUCGAAGCCUUUCAAAGUCCGAUCUUGCAACUCUUACAGCACAUAUGAGCACAACGUCAACUUGUAAACGCGCCUCCAGAGCCAGUUCUGGUGUAACUUCCUAUUUAUUGAAUCAACAGAAAAUAUGUGAAAGCCAAUUUCCUUCAACUCACCUAAGAAACCCAUGA